GUACGAACAGAUAGAAGAACAUUCUUUUAGACUGUUAGAACAAUCGAUAUUUUAUAAAUUUUGUUGAUUAAUUCUUAGACCAAAGACUUAUAACUGAUGAGAUUUAAAGAAUUUAAUUUUUUAAGAAACAUCUGCUAUGAGUCCAAUAGAAAGUGUUCCAGUUGCUAUCUUAAAUCAUAUUGAUGAUUAUGUUGAACUACUCUAUGAUGAUAUUCCAGAAAAAAUUAAAGGAUCUGCUUUAAUUUUACAACUUGCUAGGAACCCAGACAAUUUGAUUGAAUUGGCAAGAAAUGAAGCCCUGCUAAGUGCUCUUUCUAGAGUCUUAAGAGAAGAAUGGAAACGUAGUAUUGAAUUAAGUACAAACAUCGUUUAUACAUUUUUCUGUUUCUCAACAUAUAUAGAGUUUCAUUCUGUUAUUAUUCAGUACAAAAUUGGCUCACUUUGUAUGGAUGUUAUUGAUUAUGAACUUAAACGAUAUGAUCAAUGGAAGGAAAAAGUUGAAGGAAAAAAACAAGUUCUUACACCAGAUAAGAAUGAAUUGCCAAAGAGUCGAAUUCCAGAACCGAAACGACGUCCAAAAUCUGGAACCUGGGCAGUUGCAGAUGUCAAUAUUCAAAAAACUAGAUCUAUUGUUUCUAGUUACCAUGAAGAUUUAUGCCAUGCAUCAGACGAAUUCCUGUCUAAGAGUGAUGAGGAACAAAUGAAGAGAAAACUCAAAACUUUAUCUAAAAGACAAGAACAGUUGCUUAGAGUUGCUUUUUAUAUGCUUUUAAACAUAGCAGAUAAUGUUAAAGUAGAAGAAAAAAUGCAUAAGAAGGAUAUUGUUGGUUUGCUCAUCGGAGCUAUGGAAAGACAUUCAAACAUUGACUUGCUGAUUUUAAUUGUUUCCUUUUUACAAAAGUUAUCAAUUUUUGUUGAAAAUAAGAAUGCAAUGGCCUCCAAAGGAAUAAUUGAAAAACUGGCUCCCUUGUUAGAUUCUCCUAAUGCUGAUUUGGUGAAUGUUACUUUAAAACUACUUUUUAAUUUGACCUUCGAUACAAAAUUGCGAAAUAAAAUGAUCAAAAUAAAUUUGUUACCAAAAUUCAUUCAAUUUACUAGUGACGAUAAACACAUAAACUUAGCAAUGAAAAUUCUUUACCACCUCAGUAUGGAUGACCGCGUCAAACAAAUGUUUACACAAUCGGACUGUGUCAAACUGUUGACAGACAUGCUUCUGCUGAACGUGAACAGCGAGGCUCGCUGCGAGAGCGGGCCGGGCACGACGGACGUGCUGCUGGCGCUAUGCGUCAACCUGUCGUGGAGCGAGCGCGCCGCCCAGCAGAUGUCGGCCGAGGGCCGCCUGCGGGAGCUGCUGGCGCGCGCCUUCCGGCACCGCAACGCCGUGCUCAUGAAGCUCGUCCGCAACCUGUCGCACCACCCCCAGAACAAGCCGCUCUUCGUGGAAUUCGUUGGAGAUAUAGCUGGCGCGGUUACGAGUGAUGAGGCGUCUGAAGAAUUUGUCAUCGAAUGUAUGGGAACUCUGAGCAACAUUUUGAACUUAAAUAACAAUAUCGAUAUAUUUGCCGUCGUCGAAAGAUACAACUUAAUUCCGUGCAUCCUGAAGAUAUUAGAUCCAGCGAACCAGCGCGACCCGGAGCUCGUGCUGGAGGCGGUGGUGGCGGCGGGCGCGGUGGGCGCGGAGGAGCGCGCGGCGGCGGCGCUGGUGACGGCCGGGGGCGGCGAGGCGCUGGUGGCGGCGCUGCGGCAGCGCCAGGCCGACGACGACCACGUGCUGCAGACCGUGUUCGCCUUCCGCCAGCUGCUGUCGCACCCGCGCGCCGCGCAGUACCUCGUGUCGAGUACCGAAGCUCCGGCGUACCUCAUCGAUCUCAUGCAAGAUAAAAAUGUGGAAAUAAGAAAAAUGUGUGAUUCAUGUUUGGAUAUCAUCUCUCAAAUGCAAAACGAAUGGGCGGCGAGGAUUAAAUUGGAGCGGUUCCGGUGCCACAACGGGCAGUGGCUGUCCGUAGUGGAGACUCUGGGCGCAGAGAGCGGUGCCGGUGACGCGAGUGACGACCUGCCGCCCUACCUCUCCGCCGAGUACCUUACCACACACCGCCUUACCACCUCGGAUUCCCAAAUAUCACUUAACGACGAUUCAGACAGUUUUUCUGGAGAGGCUGACUUUAAUCGAGCGAACAGCCGAAAUACUCAAGAUGGACAAAGUGACGAAUUAUUAGGACUAUCGGAUUCGUUAUCAGGAAAAACGUCAGAAGACGACAUGCAAUUCACUAAAAAGCUUAAUGUAUUCGCCUAACAUAAUUGUCGCUAUAAAAACAAUAUUGGAAUGGUAACGAUAUAUUUCUAUUUGCUUGAUUCGUUUAGAUUUUUAACUAGAUCUCUUUUAAAUGGUGAGUUUUUAAAUUAUUUAAAUACUUAUAUAUUAUAUAACAAUUUUAAAUAGUACCCGGCAAUAAGUAUGUGCAAUAAUGUAAUCGACCAUUGAAAAGAGACAAUCGACUAAUUUCGGCUUCGUCUGGUUCUCGAUGUCACCGCCUAACUGUGACAUCAAUUCCAUCGCGAACAAAGAAAUUUGGCAACUCCUUUCUUUGUCGCACUUCCAAAAAAUGGAAUUCCUUACCAGCUCACGUGUUCCCCUCCUCUUACAACCCGGGUUCCUUCAAACGAGGCGUGAAGAGGCAUCUUGCGGGCCGGCAAGGCGAAGGCGGCUAGUGCAGAACGUUUUUCCCGUCUGUACUGGCCGUCGUCGCGUUUGGACUCUACUACCACUUACCAACAGGUGGAGUAGAGUCAUUUGCCCUCCCGGCGAAUAUAAAAAAAAAAAAGAGCGUUAUCUCUGUCGCACAAAACACUAACAGCUCGGUAUUUAUUAGGAGUUCUUAAAAUAUUUAUUGCCGAGUACAAUAAAAAUAUUUUAUAAUUAUUUGUAUCAGAUAUUAUUUUGUAUGAUUAUUAAUAAAACUAAACUCUUAAAAUUAAUUAAUUGUCCUAAUAUUAAUGAUGUUAUGCUUUUAGAGCAAUAAAAGUUCCUUUUUGUAACAGAAAAUAAAAGAAAAAAAUCAAAAAUAUUACUAAUACAAUUAUUUAAACCUUAAAAACCUAAAAUCAUAUGCUUUAUGAAAAAAUGCAUAAUUAUGU